AUGGGGGUCCACAGCAUAAAUGGAAAGAAGGAGGGGGAAUUUAGUGUGAAUUCUGCCUGUUUUGUAAAUUUGCCUUACACUGGGGAUAUCUCUGACUCGAAUCAACAAGUAUGGAUCCUUCAAGGUGACGUUCUUGUGGCAGUUCCUCGGAGAGCGGACGUGACUCCAGUUACCAUCACUUUCCUCCCAUGCAAGUAUCCCGAGUCUCUUGAACAAGACAAAGGGACUCCCAUUUACAUGGGAAUAAAGGAACCAGAAAAGUGUUUGUCUUGUGAGGACAUGGAGGGUCAGCCCACCCUAAAACUGAAGGAGGAGAAGAUUCUAGAUCUGUACAACCAAGCGGGGCCUGUGAAACCCUUCCUCUUCUACCACAAUAAGACUGGCAGGACCUCCACCUUUGAAUCUGUGGCUUUCCCUGGCUGGUUCAUUGCUUCCUCCUCGGAUCAAGACCAGCCCAUCUUUCUCACCUCAGAGCAGGGGAAGACACACAAUACUGCUUUCGAUUUUUCACUCUAG